AUGUUCUUCACGAUCCUCUUCGCUCUGCUCAGCAGCCCGCUCUUCUGGGUCUGGCUCCUCCCUCUGAUCCCCAACAUGAUUGCGCUCUUCUAUGCAAAGCAACGCGGCUACGUCAGGGUGACUCUGUUCUGCAUGGCUCGAUUCUUGCUCUUCAUCGUCCUGGUCGGCAUGACCAUGGAAUACUUCAACUUCAGCGCGUACACCGGCAUGCUCUGCGCUUUCUGCGUUCCAAUCAUCUUCAACCAAGACGCUCGCGACCUCAUCGACGACUACCACACCAUCCUCAAAGACCUCCCCGUCCGCGCCAUUCUCCAUGACCUCGUCGCAGCCAGGCAGGCACUUCAGCCUGCCAUAUGGUCUGCCUACGAACGGAUCUAUGAAGCUCUUCCGGUGCCGGACAAGUAUCUUGUCGAGAGUAAGACACACCGCAAUGUCGCCGAUGAACGUCAUCCUACUGUUCCUGCUGAGCCGACACCCUCCAAUACCCCGCAGCAGGGCAAUGAGGACAUGCAGGCGCGGAUUGAUGCAUUGACGCAGGAAAGGGAUGGCCUCGUCAUUGAAAAGAUCCACCUCACAGGCAAGCUCAAUUCUGUCCGUCGAUCAGCAGGUUUUCGAGAAUCGGAACUUGAGACUGAGCUCGCAGAGGCGAAAGAGCACAUCGAGCAGCUCAAGCGGGAGAGCCAGGCCAAGGACGAAGCGAUCGUGGAGAAGAAUGGCCUCAUCGAGAAACACGAGGAGGAGUCUCUCAGCAAGGACCGACGCAUAGCCAAGCUCAACAUGGCCCUCAACAUGAACAACGCUGUCAUCGACAACAUUGCUACAAAGCUGGGAUUGAAAAUUGACGGUGAUGUUGUCACGGCCUUGCAGAUGUUUGUUGAGGGCAAAAAUUCCCAGUUUGACGAUCUGAAUAAGGCCUUGAGCCGCAAGGAUAUGGAUAUCGCCGCACUCAUGAGCCAGGCCAAUUCCCAUUUCGCCGCAAUGACUGCUGAUUUCCAGAAGAAGGAGACUUACCUCCAGGCGCAGAUUGACCGCGUUUCCACGGAGCAUAAGAAAGACGUCCAAAGGCUCGAAGCUCAACUCGAAACGAUGAAUACCAAGGUCGAACAUUUCGACAAGGUCUUGUCCUGCGUGAGGAAUCUCCUUGCCCCUACCGCCGACCACGAUUACCGCGAUGCUACCAUCUACGCUCUCUACGCCCUCCUUAAACAGGGCGUCACGGCCGACGAUCUGGGCUUCGAUGCUGUUUGUAUGGCAGAGCUGAACCAACUCUUCGCCGAAAAGGUUGAGAAUUGCCCUUCUCCCUUCCGUAACAAGACCCAACCCACACCGCCCAUUCACCAGCAGCCCGCCCCUUCCCUUUGGCCUCGCCCCCAGCAGGCUCAACCCCACUUCUCACAAUCCGCUCCCACCAUCAUGCAGCCUCAAAAGGCUCCCACGCCUGCUCCUCCCAUCACAAUGUCUUCCUUCUACCAAAGGAGGACAGCUCCCCAGCCGCAGCCCACUGGGAGCAACAUCUUCGGCAUCAGCAAUGCCCAUGCCAUGUUUGGCAUGCAUCGAUGA